AGCACCCAGCCGCACACUCGCGCACACACACAUACACGCAUGCACACACACAUACACGCACACACACACACACACGCACAUACACACAUCCAUACAAGCAUACACACACACACACACACUCACACACAGGAACAAUUACUUCCACUCGCGCAUUCACACAGGCACAGGCAAGUGGAAAGACAAGGAGACAGCGGGAAAAGGAGGCAUCAGCCAGACACUGGGGAGAAAGAGCACUGUGUGCUGUGUGGACUUGUGUCUGGGUUCAGGAUAGUAUUUCCCUUUUAUUGGAGUUUGUGCUGCUUUCCCUGGUGCUUAAAGCCGGACUCCUUGUGAGCUCCUUGUUCCUAGGGACGGUUUUGGACUCAUUGACUGUGAUCAGAUUCAGCUCUCUCAGCGCAGCUACAUCAUCCAUCUGCAUCGCUUCUUUGUGUAUCAACCAGAGCAGGACACACCGGAGUAGACAGUCUUGGAAUAUCUGACAGCCUUGGUAAAGAUCUGAGAUUGUGCAGACACAAGAGAACAAACAACUACAGAGACGGAGACAAAGUCAAGGCAUGAGCGGGAGACAAGGAGCUUGCUUUUCAUAAGAAGUGAUAUCUGCCACCCCCUCUUUCCUUCUCUUACCAUUGCCUCUUUUCCUUGUUUUUACUACUGCUGCUCCUUUUCCUCCUGCACGGACCUCAUCUACGCUGCCGCUCUGUUCUCCCUUCAUCUUCUGUCCGAUCUCCAGUAGGAAGAGCAGGAGGAGAGUGCGGCUCGCACACUGAGAGUGCAACUCCCACACAGUGACAGACAUAAGGACAGCCGGAGGUCCUGUGGCACUCCCCAUCAUUCUUUCACACUCUCUCCAUCCUCUUUUCACUGCCUUUGCUACGCGGAUCUAGCCUCUAACCCAGCGACCGGAGGCAUUCUGAGUUUUGGAGAGAGCACACGAGUCUCAGUAUCCUGCCACGGCCAGAGAGAUUCCAGCUACAUGGGCAAACGCUUGGAACAGCAACCAAUGUACCCCCAGUACACUUACUACUACCCUCACUAUCUCCAGACUAAGCAGUCCUAUGCCCCUCCCCCUCCUCCAAUGGCUCCACCCAGUCCCAGCACCAACAGCAGCAGCCAGAGUGCAAUGGAGCAGCUCAGUAAAACCAACUUGUACAUCCGUGGCCUCCCUCCUGGUACCACCGACCAGGACCUCAUCAAACUCUGCCAACCGUAUGGGAAAAUAGUGUCAACAAAGGCAAUCCUUGAUAAGAACACCAACCAGUGCAAAGGUUAUGGCUUCGUGGAUUUUGACAGUCCUGCUGCAGCGCAGAAGGCCGUGGCCUCGCUGAAGGCUAAUGGAGUGCAGGCGCAGAUGGCCAAGCAACAGGAGCAGGAUCCCACUAACCUGUACAUCUCCAACCUGCCUGUGUCCAUGGAUGAGCAGGAGCUGGAGAACAUGCUCAAGCCCUUCGGCCAUGUCAUCUCUACACGGAUAUUACGGGAUGCCAGUGGAGUCAGCCGGGGAGUCGGCUUUGCCAGGAUGGAGUCCACUGAGAAAUGUGAUGUGGUGAUUCAGCAUUUCAACGGCAAGUUCCUCAAAACCCCUCCAGGAGUGCCAGCCCCGACAGAGCCGCUGCUGUGUAAAUUUGCAGAUGGGGGUCAGAAGAAGCGACAGAGCCAGAGCAAGUAUCCCCAGAACGGCAGACCAUGGCCUCGGGAAGGAGAUAGUGGCAUGGCGUUACCCUAUGACCCUGCCGCAAUGCAGAAUGGGUUCUACCCUUCUCCAUACAGUAUCUCCACCAACCGCAUGAUUGCUCAGACAUCAAUCACACCGUUCAUCGCUGCCUCUCCCGUUUCCACAUAUCAGGUGCAGAGUACGUCCUGGAUGCCUCACCAACAGUAUGUUAUGCAACCUACUGGUGCUGUGAUUACGCCAGCCAUGGACCACACCAUAUCCAUGCAGCCAGCCAACAUGAUGGGGCCCCUCACCCAGCAGAUGAACCAUCUGUCCCUCGGCACCACUGGCACUUACAUGACAGCGGCAGCUGCUGCAGCUCCUAUGCAGGGAACCUACAUUCCCCAGUACACUGCAGUGCCUGCCUCAGCCAUCUCAGUGGAGGGUGUAGUGACAGAGGCUUCUCCGCAGAGCGUUCCUCCCUCUUCCCAGGAUGCCAGCGGUCAGCAGCAGACCCUCUGUGUGGAUGGAACAGCUGAUCAUGCACCCACUUACUCCUACCAGCCUGCUAAAUAACAAGAGGAGGAGGAGGGGGUGUUUGGGUGACUGCGUUGCCUUGAGAUUGGGGGACUGUGCUGAAGACAAAAAGAAAGACUGAGCAGAAGAUGUUUGGGUCCACCUUUGCACAAGCACCAAACAAAAGAGAAAAUUUAUCAGACAUCUGCGCAGAGCAAGAGAAGCCAGUGUAAGCCUACAUCACGGUCAGAGAGGAGAGAGAUAUGCAGUCGUGGAGUUAGAGUUUUACCGGAUAUCUACAACUUUACAAGACAUUUUUCUUCAUGAAGUGUUGAAUUUCAAGUACAAAGUACAAAGUUUUCCAGUUCUUUUCUGAAUGUGCAGGUAGGUUUUCAGCUAUGGUGAGUUUUCUAUUAGAGGAAGCAUGAAAGAGAGAUGAGAGUGAAAAAAGAAGUCUUCCUCAGAUUCUAAGCUACUUUUACUUUAAUUUUUUUUAUGAGUUAUAUUUUAGUUUUCUAGAGAAUAUCAAUGUUUAUCAUCUUUGUUGCCUUAAUUUUGAGAAACGUCUAAGACUUUUUCCAAACUGACCGUCUUGUUGCAAAAAAAAAAAAGUCAUCAAAAAACAUAAAAAAAACAAACAAACAAAAAUUAAAAAAAUAAAAAAUAAAAAAUGAAAAGCAAAAAAAAAAAAGCUGUCUGAAAGAACAAAUGGAGCAGGGGCGGGGGGGGGUACUAUCAUAUUACCUGUACAGAGGAAUGAGAAAGGGUCUUGUGAAGACAUUUUAAAUUAUCAAUGGCGACUUUGUGUUUAAAAGAAAGGACAGUUGACAUAUAUUGAUGUGUUUAAAGAGAGUUUCUUUUUUUAGCAAAAAAGAAAAACAAAACAAAAGAAAAUGUUAAAAUCCUGCAUCCUGGGAAAUGCAGUUUAUUGUGUAGUGGAGAUCAUUUUUAAUGGCAUUAUUGUUUUUAUCUGCAAUAUUUUUAUGAGCUUUAAGGUGUUUUCAGCCUGCUUUGCUUGUUUCAUUGCAACAAAAAAAAAAUCAAAAAUUAAAACCAGGAAAAAAAAAAUACUGGCAGUGCAAAAGUACGUAGAUAGGAGCUUUUGAAUUAAAAUAAAGCAAAUGUGUGCAAAAAGCAAUAGUAAUAGGAAAUUGUUGACAAUUUCUUUAGUCUUUCUUAGCUGUGGAUCAAAUGCAGCCCAUUGAUGGCAUAUUUUAUACCAAAGAUGAAGAAACCCCGUAGAGACAGUGGAGUAGACUUUUUUCUUUCUACUUGAUUUUUAAUAUUCUAGUCUUUGUGUCUCAUGAAUAUUUGUUUGACCUUGAUGGCCAGACAAGUACUUGCAUUUGGGGUGGGUUCUGGGGUUCAACUUCCUUCCUCUGCUGCAGAUUUCCUACCACUCACUCAGACAGAGAGGGCAAUACUCCUAGACUGCAUGCGUUGUAUUAAGUGUGGUGUCUCCCCAGCAGAUGGCAUCAGAGAAACUGCAAAAAGGAAAGUUCUCUGACUCUCAGCUCUGACUCUCUGUACAUCUCUGUUACAGCACCUACAGGUCACUGACUCAAUGUCUCUUAGUGUUACAUAUCCAACAUGGCUCCUCUGAUUCAGCUUUUCUGAAAGGACAAGCUUUCAUGAAAUGUUUUUAAGUGUUUCACGUCCUCAGUGUUACAAACAUGUCAUAGCCUUUGCCAAAAUUCAAGUAGUCACAUGUGUGUAUUUAAACUCUUUUGCAGUUUGCUACCUCAGUCUUAAGCAGUUCUACUCUAAGGAAACAGGAAGCUAAAUAUGUUAUGGAAACGGUUUGGAACGCAUACUGGGAGUGAUCUACCUGAAAGGCCGUAUGAUAAAGCUCAACAAAAUUUCCUCUCGUGCCAUAGUUUUUCCUGGAUGCGCUCACGGACACGUUUCGCUGUACAAAAUAUUCACAAUCGUAUCUGUUGAAAAAUCUAGAGCUGGUAAAAAAAAAAAAAAAAAAAAAAGUGAUUUUGUCAACAUGGGAUCAGGUGGUUACUCCAGUGCCUUGUCAAAAAAAAAAAGCAAUGAAGAGCUAAGUCUUAAUAAGAAUGAGACAGACCAGGCAAGACAUGCUAUCUGUUUAAGCUACAUAUGCUAGCUCUCACCUCAUUCUUAGCCAGGAAGAAUAAGUUUGCAAGGAAAUCUAAACCAUAGGAGUCAUGUUAGAAAUAAAAAUGUUUAGCUGUUAUCCAUAAAUCACUAAUCGACCAAUCAUCAGUAAUCAUUUCUUUGCUCAACUUGAAGUUUAAAUACACAUAGUGACAUUUCUGCUGUUAGUGAUGUGCUUUGUAUGCUACACAUUGUUUAACCAUUGCUUCAUGGUCAGUUAUUUUGAGUGUUAUUCCAAUAUAGCUUGCUCCAUAAUGAUGCUGACUAUUCUGAAUCGACGACUUGAGAUAUUUGCCACACCAACUCCAUGCUAGUUUGUAAAUCUGCAUGAAUAGUUUCUUAAUCCUCAUUUCUCAUCAUGGUCUCUUCACAUAGGGCAUCUCUGGGUGCUAACCAGUUUCCUCCUCAGCACGUACUGGCUAACAUCCUGUACAAAUGAGCCGCUAUAGGUCAGGGUAUAAGUAACGCUGGUGACUUGUAGUGAAGAUUCUUCUGUGUGUUCCCUUUUAUAUGUUGCUAAAGCAAACUGGUAGCUGCUGAUACCAUAGAAUUAGAUUUCUACUGCCAUGAAUGAAACAUUCUUUUACAGUGAUGUAAUUAAACUAUGUGGAUGCUAGGGUGGGUGGGGGACUGGACAAGGACUUUUUUUUUCUUCUUCUUCUUCUUCUUCUUCUUCUUUUUGUCUUUGGAAUAAUGAGUAUAAUGGAACAGGUGUGAUGAAUAUGAAAGCCUCUUUGCCACGUGUCCUGAUAAAUGGGCUUUAGUGUGUAACCAAUCAAGGAAAGCUCUGUUACAGUAUGGAGGUCGAGCUUGCAACACAUUUCCAUUUCUAUCAAUGAAACAAAAAUCUGUUUCUUUUUUACUGUGCUUUUGGAACAUUCAUUUUAUCAUGUAAUUGCUGCUAAAAAAAGCAUUCAGUGUUGGAGAGCUACAGUGGCAGAUGGGAGGCGAAUAAAAGACUGACUGCUGCUUUGAUAAGGACCAGAGCGUUAGCAGAGCAGCUACAUUCACACCAUGGAAGGGGUCCAAACGCCUCCUGUAUAGCAGAGUAUAUAAACUACAGAGACAGUGGGAGCUGCUCUGAAUGGUGGAACUAAACUCUCAUUUUGUUGCUGCGUUACAGCCUACAGUAAUUAAACUGUGCUCUUCCAUUUCUAAUGGGAUUUUCACACUGUAAAAUUCAACAGCAAGCCGAAUUAAACUGUUCACCUACAGCAAAAAAGUUACAUUUACCUUGAGGAGCAAAUUUUGAUGACAUAAGCAUGAAGCACUUAAAGAGGAAUAAUACAAUAUCGAUAAUUAAAUCCGAAAACUUUAUAUAAACACGGUUGAGUUAUUGUUCGCAGUGUUCAGUCUUUGCGAAAAAAAGAAUUACAAUGCAAUGGACUUGAAACCUCAACAUUACAAACCACAAACACAACAUAUUUUAUUAGCUACUAAGAUUCCCAUGUUGUGUUUUCACAUUUAAUUGGUUGUCAAAUAUAAUUAAGUAAGAAAUCUUACUGACCAAUCAAUCCUGUGGCUUUAAAAACAAGGAAGGUCAUAAUGCUUCAGCACAGAAGCUCUUCACUAUAAUGUACCAAAUUCAGCCAAAACAGCAAAACCUCUGUGAAAAAUUAACUUAUUUGAGAGGAAAUGGAAAACUAUUUAUGGAAAACUUUUUUUUAACUGUAGAUGUGUUGAUGAAAAGAUUAUGGAAGUGAAUCGAUUCUAGGAUGCUAUUUUUUUUCAUGCUGCACAUUCAUGCCUCCCGUGUGUUCGAGUAGUGAUCCUGAGAGUUUCUGUAAAUCAGUGGAUGUUGAGUUUAAACUUCUGUUUAUUAUUAUGAGUUAUUAUUUCAAUGAAGCUUUCAAUAAAAAAAGGUUAAAAUCUCA